UAGACAGACGUCACAUCCUCUAAAACAAUGGACGGAAAGGCAUGUUUGUGUUGAUUAUUUGUGACAUGGAUGUCAUAAAGUGUUGUAAAUCAACGUUGCGGGAUGUUGUGAUCAGACAGCUCAGUGUGUCAGCAGGAUGAUAACAUACAUGUUCCGUAAAGCCCGUUGCGGCUUCUCGCCGGGGCUGCGUCGCUUUUCUGACCUGAAAGUGACCGAACAUGUGCCUGAGAGUCCAGCUUCCCCUCGUCUCACUGAACAGGCGUCCUUAUAUGUGCACUGGCCCUAUUGUCUCCGACGGUGCACCUACUGCAAUUUUAACAAAUAUAUACCCAAAGAGAACAAUGAAGACAUCAUGGCAAAGUGUCUUCAGAGGGAAACUGAGACAUUGCUGCAGCUCAGUCAAGUGUCCUGCAUCACAUCUGUUUUUUUUGGUGGUGGGACUCCAAGCCUGGCUCACCCAUCAACCAUCGCUAAGAUCCUUGAAACGGUUUCAAAGCAGGUGAAUCUCUCAGAUGAAGCUGAAGUCACGCUGGAGGUAAACCCUACCCCCGUGGGAAUGUCAAAGUUAAAAGACUACCACCAUGUUGGGGUGAACCGUUUCUCCAUUGGCGUCCAGUCUCUGCAGGACAAGGAUCUGAAAAGUUUGGGAAGAGACCACAACUCCCUGGAUGCUUUGCAGACUCUAGCAGAGGCCAGGAAGCUGUGUCCAGGUGGGGUGUCGGUGGAUUUUAUGUUCGGACGCCCCAACCAAACAACCAAAUUGUGGAGUAGAGAGUUGUCUGAGAUGCUGAGUGUGUGUGAUGACCAUGUGUCUCUGUACCAGCUGACCCUUGAGAGAGGUACUCAGCUGUUUAAGCAGGUUCAGUCAGGACAAGUAACUAUGCCCACAGAGGAAAUAACAGCAGAGAUGUACCAGUGUGCCAGAACAACUCUCCAGCAGCACGGCUUUCAGCAGUAUGAAGUGUCUAAUUUUGCUAAAAAUAAUUCAGAGAGUCGUCACAACCUGAGCUACUGGAUGGGGAAACAGUACAUCGGUGUUGGCCCUGGUAAUUUAAAUGAGGUCAGAACCGCUGGUGGAUGUUGGUUGUCCUUUUGCAAUCUUAUUUGCAUGCGCUGUGGAACAGGAGCACAUGGACGUUUUGUUCCCCUGGGGGAGGGAGGCGUUACCCGUGAGGCCCGGACACAGACCCUGGAGCCAGAUGUGUGGAUCCGCGAAGUCCAGCAGCGAGGACAUGGGACAAGGAGGCGGAUCCAGCUGGACCAUCUUGAACUAUUAGAGGAGGCGUUAGUGAUGGGAAUGAGAAUGACCAAGGGCAUUAAUCACAAGCACUGGGAGCUGUUUAGCCCUGAAUUAAGUCUUCUUGAAAUAUUUGGUGGAUCUCUUGCUGUCCAAGAGCUGCUGCAGAGGGGACUGCUUAUUCUUGACGACAGGGGUUUGAGAUGCUCCUGGGAUGGUCUGGCCUUAUUGGACAGCAUGCUUCCUGUUUUGCUGAUGGAACUGGAUAGAAUUUUUUUCCAAAAACUGGCAGCUAACUGACAAUGAAGAUCUAUAACUCUUUAAAUCGCAACCAUUUAAAACAAAAAAAGAGAAUUUGCGCCACUCGUUGAAUUGUCUAAACAAGACAGUUAUGUGUAAAAGAAUAAAUUAUUUAUUUGUUUAAAAAGUAUGUCAGAUUUGAUACAAUAUGUUUUUUGUAUUUUUUCAGAAAUACUCAAAUAUUUUUCUUCUGCUUUAUGUUUUUUUAAUGAAUAAUCUUUUGUAACCCUCUGUGCAGAUUUAGCAGGAUAUUAGAUGUCAGUUCAAAAAGUGUGUUUUAUAUCCUCAGUUCUUCUCUUGUAGUCUUUUAAAGGUUAUUUUAAAUACAACAACAAUAUGGUUUAAUUUUACACAAUUUUUGUAAUAUUUGCUGCUUUAUUAUACUGGUGGAGAAAAUACUUUC